AUGGCACUAAUGGUGGUCAAGUUUGACCUGAAGAAGCGGGUGAAGCUAGCCCAGUUCCUAUGGCUGAUGUACUGGUUCUCAGUGAUGGCAGGCGUGCUCGUCUUCAGCAUGGGGCUGUUCUUUAAGAUCGAGCUGCGUAAGCGCUCGGAGAUGAUGGACAACAAUGAGAGCCACUUCGUUCCUAACUUACUAAUUGCCGUGGGGCUGCUGGCCUGUGGGAUCAAUGCCAUGGGAGGCAAGAUCUGCUACGACUCCUUGGACCCUAUCAAGUUCUCCAGGUGGAAGCCUAUGCUCAAACCCUUCCUAGUCUCCUGUGUGGCUUUCAAUUGCCUCCUGGUGCUGACGGCUCUGCUCUGCUUCCUGAUGAGGAUCCCUCUCCAGUUCACGCUGGCCGAGGGCCUGAAGAACGCCCUGAAGUUCUACAAGGACACAGACACGCCGGGACGCUGCUACAUGAAGAGGACUUUGGACCAGAUGCAGAUUGAGUUCCGUUGCUGCGGCAACAACAACUUCAGGGACUGGUUCGAGAUCCAGUGGGUCAGCAACCGCUACCUGGACUUCAGCGCCAAGGAAGUAAAAGAUCGUAUCGGCAGCAACGUGGAUGGGAAGUACCUGAUGGAUGCUGUUCCAUUCAGCUGCUGUAACCCCGGCUCCCCUCGGCCCUGCAUCCAGUACCAGGUGACCAACAACACGGCCCACUACUCCUACGACCACCACACCGAGGACCUGAACAUCUGGAAACGGGGCUGUCGCGACGCACUGAUAUCCUACUACGGAGGCAUGAUGAACACCAUAGGAGCCCUGGUGCUACUGGUCGUUAUUCUGGAGGUUAUUGUGAUGAUCGGCCUCCAGUACGUGAACACCUCCCAGUGCAACCUGGCCAACCCAGAAGACCCAGAGAGUGAAAGCGAAGGCUGGAUCCUGGAGAAGACGGUGAAGGAGACGUUUACUGACAUCAUGGACAAGAUGAAAGCCAUGAGCAAGGGUAACGCAGUGGAGGAGGGCGGAGUGGAGGGUGUUGCCACGUUUGAGGUGGACUGCUGGAGGAUUGGAGGGGCUAUAGGAGACGAGGCACGGGUGAAAGUGGCAGAGGUGAACCAGGGGUGA